GACGCAGCCGACGUUUUCGAGCGCCUUUCUCCUUCACUCUCUUCACCUAUUGAGUGUACGAGGGGGCCGGCCGGCCUGCCCUCCACGUCGUCUCGUUCGAUCCGAGCCGAUGUCCUAUAGUAACCCCGGCCGUGACCUUUCCCCCGCUUCUCUCGGCGCAGGCCCCGUGCUCGCUUGCCUGUCAGACUGUUCAGCAAACAUGGCCGCUUUCAGCAAGUCCAUUCCGCACAACUGCUACGAGAUCGGACACACCUGGAGUCCGUCGUGCACGCUGUCCUCGCUGCAGAUCACCGCGGGGGCCCUGGAGGCCUCUUUAAAGAUAUACGCGCCCCUGUACCUUAUAGCAGCAAUUCUUAGAAGACGCAACAAAGAGUACUAUUUGUAUAAACUAUUACCGGAGAUACUACAGUCCAGCUCCUUUCUCACCACAAAUGGAGGUUUAUAUAUUGCUUUCUUCUGUAUCUUAAGACGAUUACUAGGCAAGUUCUACAUCUGGUCCAGUGGCUUUGGAGCAGCUUUGCCAGCAUCAUAUUUAGCCAUUCUUAUUGAAAGAAAGAGCAGAAGGGGACUGCUAACUAUAUAUAUGGCAAACCUGGCCACUGAGACCAUAUUUAGAAUGGGAGUUGCAAGAGGAUCCAUUAAACCUAUCAAGCACGGGGAAGUGCUGCUGUUUUGCCUUACAGCCUCUCUUUAUAUGUUCUUCUUUAGGUGCAAGGAUGGCCUCAAGGGAUUUGCAUUCUCAGCACUGAAAUUCAUAGUAGGAAAAGAGGAAAUUCCAACUCACUCAUUUCUAGCAGAAGCCCAUUACAGCAAAUCAUCUGAAAGGACCAGACAACCUUUAGCAAAAGCAGAGAGCGGGGAGCAGAAGAGCAGAGUUUCACUUGCUGCACUCACCAAGAAGCUUAUAGAUUCCAUAUGCAAGUGUGGACCACGACAUAGGUGCUGCAAACACUAUGAGGACAAUUGCAUCUCUUACUGUGUUAAAGGCUUCAUUCGCAUGUUCAGCAUUGGUUACUUAAUCCAGUGUUGCUUAAGGAUCCCAUCCACAUUUCGACAUCUGUUUACCAAACCAUCACGACUCUUGUCUCUACUCUACAACAAGGAGAAUAUCCAGCUUGGAGCAUUCCUUGGAUCUUUUGUCAGCAUAUACAAGGGAACCAGCUGCUUGUUACGGUGGUUAAGAAAUUUGGAUGAUGAGCUUCACGCUUUGAUUGCGGGUUUCUUGGCUGGGGUCUCGAUGAUGUUUUACAAAAGCACCACUAUCUCCAUGUACCUAGCAUCUAAACUUGUUGAGACAAUGUAUUUUAAAGGGAUUGAAGCUGGAAAGUUUCCCUAUUUUCCACAUGCUGACACCCUGAUCUACGCAGUUUCGACAGCCAUUUGUUUCCAAGCAGCUGUGAUGGAGGUUCAGAAUCUCCGACCUUCCUAUUGGAAAUUUCUACAGAGAUUAACAAAAGGCCGGUUUGCUCUGAUGAACAGAAAAGCCUUGGAUGCUUUUGGAACAAAAGCCUCACAGCAGUUUAAAGGCUUUAUACCGAGGCUGGACCCUAGGUUCACCGUAGAAAAGCCGGAGCUUGAGAUCCACCUAGACCGUUGAAGACGCGUAUGUUAAAACUGAGUAGUGCAGCCUCCAGCCUGAAGGGCUUCUGGGGGAUGGACUUGGCAGCCAGUGUUAUUUCAUGAGUAGGCAUCUCUGAAUGUUCAGAAAUGAGAGGGAGUGAUUGGGACUUUAAUUAAGUUAACCUUCAGAGGGUUAGAAGAAAAAAAUAAAACAAAAACUGUGAAUAAUGAAAAUGACAUAAUUAGCCAAGUGUAUUUUAAUUAAUUAGAACAGUUCCUGAAUAGAACAGUAAUUAAUCUGAGCACUUAUCUGUAGAAGAGAAUGAAGAAUAAUGUUGUCAUUUGUCAAUAGGUAGGAAUAUGUUUCAGAUCUUAAAAGCAAAUUUUUAGACAAACCACCAUAUCAUCUUCAGAAAAGGAAACACACAUUUACAACUUUGUCUUGGAUGUAUCAUUUUGCCAGGAAUGUACCUAAAGUUGUGAAAUGUCAGCCUCUUCACCUUGGAGAAUUUCCAUUGUAGCCUUGAGGAGAUGCAAGACUGAAUUGUACUGCAAUGUCAAAUGUGAAACAGUCAUUACUGGUGACUGCAGCUGCUCAUGCAUGACAGGGUUUUGGGAUCUUACUGUACCCCAGAAACAAGAAAACUUGGACAUUCAAUAUAUUCAAGUGUAUCAUUUUCAUUUUUAAAUACAGCUGGGCUCAGUUUCCUUGGUACAAUGUGGGCAAGAAGACUGCCACAUAGGGAAAAUGUAAUUGUUAAAAAUCAGAUAAUUUUAUAAUAAAACUGUAAAUCAGGA